AUGAGCUCAACCCUGCAAAGAAUUGAACCCCGGCCCCAACCGGAUAAUGGGAUGCGAAGAGUUGUACCCGUAAAAAUCCUGCCUCGCCAAAGUAUGGUCCCAUCUUCCUACCUACCACCUGUCAUCUUCCGCAGUGCUUCCAGCCCCUCAGUUGCAGCCGUCCCGGCGACGAGGCCCCAAAAUGAUGGAUCGUCCACCAUUUUUACCCAUCAACGGGGAGCCGGACAUCAGCUGUCAUUACAGAGAAUUGAUACAAACGCACAGCCGACGUUGCGUAAUCUGCUGAGAGUUCAGAUCGCGCCGCAGAAUGCUCGGAGUCAAUGUGAGUUUGGA